CCGUCGUCGCCCUUUCACCCGUUCAUCCUCACACAAAGCAACCCCUACAUUCUCCCAUCCAACUCGUAGACAUGGCCCUUCGACGCAUUAACAAGGAACUGGUUGAUCUCGGCCGUGACCCACCCUCAUCCUGCAGCGCAGGACCGACGGGCGAUAACAUGUUCCAAUGGCAAGCAACAAUUAUGGGACCCGGCGAUUCACCAUACGCAGGCGGCGUUUUCUUCCUCUCCAUCACCUUCCCCACCGAUUACCCCUUCAAACCCCCCAAGGUCAGCUUCACGACCAAGAUCUACCACCCCAACAUCAACGCCAACGGAUCUAUCUGCUUGGACAUCUUGCGAGACCAGUGGUCGCCCGCCCUGACCAUUUCGAAAGUCUUGCUGUCCAUUUGUUCAAUGUUGACGGAUCCCAAUCCUGAUGACCCUUUGGUCCCUGAUAUCGCCCAUCUCUACAAGACCGAUCGCACCCGGUACGAGGCAACAGCCCGGGAGUGGACGAGGAAGUAUGCUAUGUAGCGCUAGCGAGAGCGGGGUUCUCCCUUUGGAUCGUUGUCCCUCCCAUUAUUACUGCUGUCCACCCUUUACCAAUGUAGAUUAAGUUGGGAGCAAUUGUACAUUUAUCAUGGCCUUUUCGUUCGAUGUUGUCUUGUAACGUUGUACCCUUGUUCUGUGAAUAACCUAUACAUCGCGGUUUAA